AUGGUAGAAUCCGACAAUGGCUCGAGGGAUUUCGAUUUCUUCCCGGAAGACUAUGAUUCCGAGAGCGUGGGGGCGGAGCUAUCGGCGCUCUACGCGGCCAUGGAGCAGCAGUCUGGAUCGCGGUCGAUCGACAGUAGCAGCUACUACAGCAAGAGCAUUCUCAGCAUCCAAGAUCUCCAGCAGCGCACCAGAUCUUACGAUAAUCUAGCGCGGCCAUCGCAUGCGCAGCAGCAGCAAAGGGAUAUCUCGGAUGCGCACUCGGUCGUCGUCGCGAGGGAUAGAGAUUACGGCUAUGGCGCCGUCAACGAGAAAGAUCUGGCCGAGGAAGCCGACUCUCUCAGCGUUUACAGCAUCGAUGCCACCAAGAACGCGGAUCAAGCGCAAGAAGACGAGGGAUUUUCCUACUGGAAGCUGUUCCAAUUCGCGAAUGGAUUGGACUGGCUGAUGAUCGCAGUCGGCACGGCAUCGGCCAUCGCUCACGGCCUCUCCGGCCCCGCGGUCGUGCUGCUCUUUGGAUUGAUGAACAAUGCGUUUGCUCUGUCGCCCGACGCGGCCUUCCGUGGAGUCGUCAAGGUCCGAUCAGCCGAUCUCUCUCAGAAUGUGUGCUGGACGCAAAUUGGAGAGCGGCAGACCGCGCACAUCAAGACGAGGUACCUGGAUUCGCUGCUCAAGCAGGACAUCGCCUUCUACGACACGGAGGCCAAGGUCGGGGACAUUGUGACCGCUGUCUCGAGCGAUAUUCUCCUCAUUCACGAUGCAGUGGGGGAGAAGAUCGGUGCGUGUGUCAGCAAUUUUGCUGUGUUUCUGGGCGGUAUAGUGAUCUCUAUCUCUGUGUACUGGAAGAUGGGGCUCAUGGGGCUGACAGCAACACCGCUGCUACUUGGAAGUGGUUUUAUGUUCGUGGCUUUCUACACCAAGUAUGUGAUUCAAGCGCUCACGGCGUAUAGAAGUGCCGACUUGGUGGCUGAGCAGGCAAUCUCGCAAGUGAGAACUGUGUACUCUUUCGUUGGAGAAACCAAAGCUCUCAACUCGUAUGCACACCUUCUCGAGGAUGCUGUCAAGCUUAGCUCUAAGACUGGACUUAGCAAAGGUCUGGGGCUUGGAACAGUCAUUGCCAUCUCCUACUUUUCAUGGACGUUGCAGUUUUGGUUCGGUAGCAAACUGGUUGAGAAGCAUGAGAUCAAGGGAGGUACUGUCAACUCAUUGAUUUUCAUCAGUAUAAUAUCCGGGAAAGCACUGGGAGACUGCAUGCAAGUGUUCGGUUUUAUAGCCAAAGGAAAAGCGGCCGCAAGCAGAUUAUUCAGAGUUAUAGAGAGGCAGCCAAGAAUCAACAACAACAGCGAUCAAGGCAAAACUUUGUCGCGUGUCAGAGGAAGAAUAGAGCUAUGCAAUAUAUCGUUCGCCUAUCCCGCACGGCCCGAAGUACCUGUAUUCUCGAACUUGUCUCUAAACAUUCCGGAGGGGAAAAUAGUUGCGCUUGUUGGAUCAAGUGGAUCAGGCAAAAGCACGGUAAUUUCCUUGAUUGAGAGAUUUUACGAUCCUCUGAAGGGAGAAGUGAAGCUCGACGGAAGGGAUAUCAAGUGUUUGCAACUUAAGUGGCUCAGGGCACAGAUUGGACUUGUAAGCCAGGAGCCUACUUUAUUUGCCACCAGUAUUAAGAAGAACAUCUUGAUGGGAAAGCCAGAUGCAAGCCAUGAAGAACUCAUAUCAGCAGCAAAGGUUGCUGGAGCUCAUCUGUUUAUAUGUGAUCUUCCCGAUGCAUACAACACAGAGGUUGGGGACAAGGGAAUCCAACUUUCUGGAGGACAAAGGCAAAGAAUAGCCAUUGCUCGUGCAAUCCUGAAGAAGCCGUCUGUCAUGCUUUUGGACGAAGCAACGAGCGCGUUGGAUUCUGAAUCCGAGGUUCUAGUCCAAAAUGCAUUAGACAGGAUCAUGCAAGGACGGACCACUAUUGUCGUUGCUCACCGCUUGUCAACUAUUCGAAACGCCGACUGCAUACUGGUCUUCGACAAAGGUCGCAUCAUAGAAAGUGGGACACAUGCUGAGCUACUUGGUCGUGAGAACGGUGCUUACAAGUCUCUCGUAAUGACUCAGGAAAGUGCUGUAGUAGCGAGAAAGAGAAGAACUCGCAGCAGGUCUCCAUCUCCUCUUCAUUCCAGAACACCUAUUGCAGCUCCCUGGGCCUCCCCAUUACGAUCGCCAUGGACUUCGCCGUCCAGGAUUUCGUACGAGUCUUUCAACUCACAAAUCGAGAUGCCUCCGGUUCAAGAGAAUUUUCAAGCUGCUGAGGAGCAGGGACCUGGAGCCACCAAGUUACAGACCUCUUACUCUGUGAAGUCGUGGUUCAAGGAACGGUUCAGGAGAGUAUGGGGUUCUGCAAUAAUCGGAACCAGUGGAGCUUUAACUUCUGGGAUUCUAGCGGCUGUGUUUCCCUUGGUUAUGGCCAACGUCUUAGUUCUUCUGCUGCAGAGGCGCACGAAGGAAGCCAUGAAGUGGACCUUGGGAUUUAUUGGCCUCGGAAUUGCAACACUAGCAAGCAAUGUGGUCCAGUAUUUCUUUUGCCAUAAAGUUGGCGCCAGAGUCACUCAAGACGUCCAAGUGAAAUCGCUGGAAGGAGUUUUGAGGAACGAAGUUGGAUGGUUUGAUUUCGAAGAGAACAGUAGCUCCGCGGUGACUGCACGUCUAUCAGCGAACGCGACCACGUUGAGGAAUGUAUUGAGCGACACUUACAGCUACUUCUUGCAAAACGUUUUGGGAAUCGUGUUGGCCUUGACCCUGGCCACCGUCUAUGACUACAGAAUGGGACUCAUUUCCCUCGCAAGCCUUCCUCUUCAAGUGCUCGGUAGCGCUGUCGCGGCUGCCUACUUCAAAGAUGGAUUUGCCGGGUCGAACGUCCAGAAAACCCACGAGAAUGCUGGUCGAGUUGCAGGAGAAGCAGUCUCCAGCAUCAGAACGGUGUUAUCCUUCGGCGCUCAAGACAGCAUCCUGUCAAAGUUCCAGGAACAUCUAGACGACGCCAAAAGCCGGAGAUUCAAGCGCGCUUGCAUGGUGGGAUUGUUCAUCGGAGUCUCUCACGGCCUCUUGUACAUCUCUAGCGCCUGCUGCAUGCUCUACGGCGCCUAUCUCAUCCGCCGAGACGAAGUCAGCUUUGGACCUCUCCUCAUCUCCUUCUCCAUCGUGGCCUACACCGCCUACCACUGUGUGGAAGUCAUCGGGCUCAUUCCAGACUUCAAGAAGGGGAUCCAGGCCACCAUCUCUAUGUUCGAGACUGCCAACCGGCUCUCGGAGAUCGAUCCAGAUGCAGCAAAAGCAACCAAGCUCAAGAAGAUUGCCGGGACUGUGGAGUUCCGGGGCGUGAGCUUCAGGUACCCGUCGAGGCCGGAUGUUCUGAUACUCAACAACCUGAGCCUCAAGGUCCCGGCUGGAUCAACCGUGGCACUGGUUGGAGCAAGCGGGUCCGGCAAGAGCUCGGUGCUAGCUCUGAUCCUGCGCUUCUACGACCCGACCUCCGGAAGCGUGAUGCUGGACGGCAGGGAGUUGAAGACUCUCCACCUGAGAAGCCUGAGGAAGCACAUCGGCUACGUCCAGCAGGAGCCAGUGCUAUUCGGAGUGUCAAUCCGGGAGAACAUCCUCUACGGGAGGGACUUUGGCGAGGACUUGGACUACAGUGCUACUGAGUCGGAGAUGGUGGCGGCAGCAAAGAAGGCCAAUGCGCAUGAGUUUAUCAGCGGCCUGCCGGAUGGCUAUGAGACCAACGUCGGCGAGCGUGGUGUCCAGCUUUCAGGCGGGCAGAAGCAGCGCAUCGCCAUUGCGCGGGCGAUGCUCAAGAACCCGGCAGUGCUGCUGCUGGACGAGGCCACUAGUGCCUUGGACGCGGAGUCGGAGAGGAUUGUCCAGCAAGCGAUCGAUCGGCUGGUUGGGGAGCAGCAACGCACUACGGUCAUCGUUGCACACAGGCUAUCGACAGUGCAGUCUGCAAACACAAUUGUGGUGAUGGAGAAUGGGAGUGUGAGGGAGAGAGGCAGGCAUGCCAAGCUCCUCGAGCUCGGGGGCGCUUAUGCAAAACUCAUUGCUAUGCAACAAAGAAGGUGACGACAAUGUUUAAAACGUCCGAAUAUUCUAUGUU